AUGGCUACCGCAGUAGCCUCGACCUCUGCCACGGCACCCUUGCCACGCACUGCGCACGUCGACAAGAUCCUCGAGCGGAGCGGACCCUACACGGACGAACAAUUUCAGGCCGGAGAUAUCGUCAAGGACUUCUUGCGCAACCAGUGCAAGAUUCUCGUCAUCGGUGCUGGUGGUCUGGGAUGCGAAAUACUUCACAAUCUUGCCUUGACUGGCUUUAGGGACAUUCACGUUAUCGACAUGGACACCAUAGACGUGUCCAACCUGAACAGGCAAUUCUUAUUCAGGUGAGUGAAGAGGGAGGCACGUUGGCUUCGCGGCUCCAGCAUUGCAGUCUCACCUCCGUCACUCUCACCUCCGUGCCGCUCUUGCUGCAGAGAGAAAGACGUUGGCCGGUCCAAAGCACAGACGGCGGCACAAUUCGUGGAGCGUCGAGUGCCGGGCGUCAAGGUGACGCCUUUCCAUGGCAAGAUCCAGGACAAAGACGAGGCUUUCUACCUCCAAUUCAACAUCAUCAUCUGCGGCUUGGACUCGGUGAGUGUGGAUCGAGCGUCUUCUGCCAUCCCGCCCGUGCACUAUUCUCAGAUUGGCCCUGUUGGGACUCGCAGGUGGAGGCUCGUCGAUGGAUAAAUGCAACGCUGGUAGCAAUGGUGGACGAGGAAAACCCGGAGUCGCUCAAGCCGCUCAUAGAUGGAGGCACAGAAGGGUUCAAAGGUCAAGCACGUGUCAUCUUGCCCACAAUUACAAGCUGCUACGAAUGCAGUCUAGAUAUGCUGGCGCGGCAAACAGUGUUCCCCAUCUGCACCAUCGCCAACACUCCUCGUUUGCCAGAGCACUGCAUCGAAUGGGCUAGCGUACUGGAAUGGCCUCGAGUCUUUGGCGGUGAGUGAAAAGCAUACAAGUCGGCUGACUACUGACGAGCUGACCCUUGAAGAUGCCCGUGUACGGUGUGAUGAUCUCUCAUAGAUAAGAAGCUCGACAACGACGACCCAGACCAUAUCCAGUGGCUCCUCGACACGGCGCAGACCCGAGCAAAAGCACACAACAUCGAAGGCGUCACGUGGAGCUUGACUCAAGGCGUGGUCAAGAAUAUCAUUCCGGCGAUCGCAAGCACAAACGCUAUCAUCGCAGGUAAGGCUGUGUGCUACACAAUCUUCGCGGGUGUGCAUUCACAUUGCUAAGUCAUUUACGUUCUUCGCCAGCCGCAUGCACGCAGGAAGCUUUCAAGUUCGCGACGACCGCUGCUCCUUACUUGAACAAUUACAUGAUGUGGGUCGCGUGCAGAUCAUGACCAAACGGCACCCGCUCAAGGCUUCACUCCAUCACGCAGGUAUACCGGCAACGAGAGUGUCUAUACCUACACGUUUGAGCACGAGAAACGACCCGAUUGUCCGGUGUGCGGGGGCGAGUCUAGAGAUGUAGACGUGCAGCCGGAUUGGCCCUUAGAGCGGAUACUGGAGUACUUGCUGGAGACACAAGACUUGUAAGUCGUCGCUCGACUGUAUGGCUCACAGUACUGUACGCUCACCCCCGGACCCCUAUAUGAUGGCACAUCAUUCAGGCAACUCAAGAAACCAUCCUUAUCGGGACCAAAAGGUCCUCUCUACUUUCAAGCGCCACCACAGCUCGAAGAGGCCACACGACCGAACCUUCAAAAGCCUUUGGGAGAGCUGCUGUCCCACGACGAUGAGCUCAUCGUCACGGAUGCAAAUUUGCCCUUCCAGCUCUCUCUUCGACUCAGAUUUCCAGGCGCUGUCGAUGCGUCUGACCUCGCUGCUGUGCCAACUGCUCGAUAG